AUGGCCCCGCCCGCCCCGUCUCGCGCCAGAGCGAUGUCGCGGCUAUGGUCCAAGGAUGAGGAGCUGGCCAAGAAGGAUGACGACCUACGACACGGUCACGGUCACGGCCACGGUCACGGCCACGGCCACGGUAGCUCCCAGCACUGGCAACCGUCCUCGACAUCGCGCACGCCCCGUCGGAGCUCCGUCUUCCGCCUGGUAGCCUACCUCGCCGCCGCUAUACUGCUCAUCGUCACCGUGUCCAAGCUCAUGGCCGCGGGCUCAUCCUCGACUUCGGCUUCGACCCGUCCUCACUCGGCCGCAUACCCCCCCGACGGCCAAUCCUCCCCCCCUCGUCCUCCUUACCAGAAAUCGCCCCCUACGCAGCAGAUAAAGCGACCAGGACAGCAGCAGGUCAAGCCCGGAGGAGGUGGUGGCGGAGGGGAGGGAGGAGGAGCAGGAACAGGAACGGAAACAGGAACAGGAGGAGGAGGAGGAGGAGGAGGACGGCCACCAAAGACGACGGAGCAGACUCGCAACUACAACGGUCCCAUAAAGCUGCCCAACCUCGCCAGCACCAUACAGGCAAUCGGCCGUACUGGUGGCAAGCAGCCCGCCAACCGCAACGUCAUGUUCGCCGCCGCCAGCCUGAGAAGCUUCUCUACCCUGGCCCCCAUGGCCUGCGAGAUGGCCAGGGAACGACAGAAUUACGUCCACUUUGUCUUCUUCGGCCGCAGCGACAUACCCCUCCAGGUCAUGCUCGAGGUCAAUGGCGUCGAUCCCUCGUGUCAGGUCAUUCUCCAUGACGCUCGGCCAGAUCAUCUUGCCACGUCCACCGAGACUAGGAUGAAGCUCGCUGUCGCGAGGACACUGAAACUCAUCAAUGAAUACAUGCACCCCCAGGCCAUCAUUGUCGACUCCACCCGAGACGAGGACGCCUACUUCCUCGACGGUUUGCGAGACCAGAUCCGCAGCAUGCGGUCUGCUCUCGUUGAGCUCCCCGAGAGACCGGGGACCCGUCUCGCCUGGAUCAGCAAGCUCGAUUCCGGCGCUCUGGCUGCAUGGGACAAGGUCCACGUAGACAUCGUCAUCCAAGCCCCCUCCAACGGCAUCGGCAACCUCAACAGGCUCCUCCGAUCCUUGUCAGAGGUCGACCUGGGCGCCAUGUCCACCCCCCAGCUGACCAUCGAGCUACCCAACAAACUCAACCCCCCCAUCGAGAGGCUCCUCGCCGACUUCCAGUGGCCCCCGCGCACCAGCAUCGCCGGCCACCGACCGCACAUGCUCUCGCUACGCCACCGCAUCUCCCCCGCGAAGAUGUCCGAGGAGGACAGCUCGGUGCGCUUCCUCGAGUCGUUUUGGCCCAACGACCCCGCCUACUCGCAUGUUCUCGUCCUCUCUCCCCACACGCAGGUUACGCCUCAAUUUUUCCACUACCUAAAAUACUCUCUUCUCCACUACCGGUACUCCAACGCGGCAACUGUCCGCGACUGGCCCUCGAAGCUCAUGGGACUCAGCUUCGUCGCGCCCACCAAGAAACUGGAUGGAUCUCAGCUGCCCAGUCUCCCCGAGCCCUCGUCCUCCGAGGGGGAGGAGGCCGGGUCGUCUCCCUUUCUCUGGCAGGCCCCCAACAGCGAGGCCAUGCUCUUCCUGGGCUCACGCUGGGCCGAGCUGCAGGGGUACAUAUCGCGGCUGAUGGAGCGACAGCGUGACGAGGAGACGGAGGUGCCGUCCAAGGCCGAGUCGCUCCUCUCCCACAAGGAAGUCAGCAAGAAGUACCCCGCGUGGGCGGAGCACGUCCUCCAGCUGUGCCGUCUGCGCGGCUACCGCACCCUAUACCCGGGCCGCGAUACGGCCGCCGUCAUCCUGGGCGUGCAUGACGACGUCCCCGACGUGCCGGACGAGUACGCCGACGACGCCGACGCCGCAAAGGACAGCAUCGACGGCGAGGACGAGGCCGCCUACGUCUUCGACGCGCACUGGCAGGUCGACAUGCGCCACACCCUGCCCGGGGACGGCGCGCUGCCCGACCUUGGACGUCUGCCCCUCCUGGCGUGGGACGGGCAGAAGAUGGAGGCGGGCGAUCUCGAGGCCGACGCAAAGGUGUACUCGGUACGCUUCCGGAAGGAGGUUGGCCGCUGUACGAAUGACGGGGAUGGGAAGCCUCUCGACGACAGGACUGCUAGUGACUUGUUUUGUACGUGA